UCAGCGGUGUUAGCUGUCCGGGAGGCCCUGGAGCGGUGCAGGGCUGCAGGCUGGGGAAAGUUCCUGCUGGCAUUGGAUCAGGCCAAAGCUUUUGAUCGAGUCAAUCAUGAGUACCUAUGGCUGCUUCUUGGCAAGUAUGGCCUGGAGGGGGGCUUUAUCGAUUGGCUAAAGACCUUAUACAGAGGGGCUGAAAGCUUCAUGCUUGUGAAUGGUUGGAUUGGACGACCCUUUGAGGUUGGCUCAGGUGUGCGUCAGGGGUGUCCUUUGAGUCCUCUGCUAUAUGCGUUUGUAAUCGAUCCCUUCAUUCGGAGGUUAGAGAGCGGACCGUUGUGUGGAGUUCCUUUGGGCAUUCCUGGGGAGCCCCCUCUGAGGGUCGUGGCCUAUGCUGAUGACGUGUCUGUUUUCAUCUCCGGGACGCAGGAGGAGGAGGAGGUGGUCUCGGUGAUGGAACAGUAUGCUGAGGCAUCUGGCUCAAAGAUCAAUCAGGAGGGUCUCGGUGAUGGAAAGUAUGCUGAGGCAGGAAAGUGA